AUGGAUCCUGGCAGAGCUGUUGACGAGAAGCUUUCAGAGGAUAGUGAUGUGGCGGUUAUAUUACUGAUGACCACCAAUUCAUUGUCUACCUGCUGUGAAUCCAGUGGAAGAACUCUCUCAGAUACAGCUGCUGCAGCCUCUGCCCAGACUCCAGUCUAUUGUCCUGUGUAUGAGAGCAGGUUACUGGCCACGGCUAGGCAUGAACUGAACUCUGCAGCUGCAUUAGGAGUCUACGGGAACCCCUAUACAGGCUCUCAGGGCUAUGGAAACUAUGUCACAUAUGGGGCAGAUGCAUCUGCUUUUUACUCACUGAACACAUUGGAUUCAAAAGAUGGCACCGGAUCUGCACAUGCGGGUAUUGCCCAGACUGCUGCUUACUAUCCUUAUGAUCACACCCUCAGCCAGUACCAGUAUGACAGGUAUGGUACAAUUGAUGGAGGUACUCGCAGGAAGAAUGCCACACGUGAAACCACCAGCACGUUGAAGGCCUGGUUGCAGGAGCACAGGAAGAACCCAUACCCCACCAAGGGCGAGAAGAUUAUGCUGGCAAUUAUCACCAAGAUGACCCUCACCCAGGUCUCCACCUGGUUUGCCAAUGCCAGAAGGAGGCUGAAGAAAGAGAACAAGAUGACAUGGCCACCCAGAAACAAGUCCUCAGAUGAGAAGAAACCCUAUGAUGAUGAUGAAGAAGAAGAUGAGGAAGAUGAGCCUUCAAAGGACAACAUAAAGAAUGAGAAAAAGAUAGAAGCAGAAGAAAGCGCUGGUAGAGAAGACAAGGACCUAGAAAUCAGUGACCUUGAUGACUUUGAUACAAUUGAGUCUGAAAGCUCUGAAUGUGAGUUAAAGCUGCCAUUUCACCAUCAAUCUCAAGAAGGACACCAAAUGAGGACAAGAGAUUGUGCCAAUGACCAUUGCAAAGAUGUUAUUUUGAAGAUGCCUUUAACAGCUUCUUCAGUAGACCAAGAACUUGACAGGGCUAAAAACUGCCUCAAAAGUGUUGUUGAUGAAUGUGAGCAAGACUUAAUGAGAUCUAGACAGAGAAGUUGUGAAACCAAAUUGUGCUUUCAGCAACAAAGUCAACUUCUGGAUUCCAAACCAAGAAUAUGGUCCCUUGCUCACACAGCCACUUCUUUAAAUCAAACUGAGUAUCCAUCAUGCAUGCUAAAACACCAGGGAGUGACCUCUCCUUCAUCCUCCUCCUCUUCUUCUUCGGCUGUUUCCACCCCAGUUUGUGUUAUUGACAGACGCCAGGAUUCCCCUGUAACCAGUCUCAGAAAUUGGGUUGAUGGAGUUUUUCACGACCCAUUGUUUAGACACAGUACUUUGAACCAGGCACUCACCAACACCUCCGUUUCUUGGGCAACCACCAAAGGAACCAUUCUUGAAGCUGGUUCUUUAGGACGUUCUGUUGGGAAUCCUGGUAAUAUGACUAAAGGACAUGACACAACCAAGGAAUUUAUCGCAUUCCCCAAAUCUGGAAGCAAAAUGUUUUGCUCAUAACAUACAUAACUUUCUACAAAAGUUGAACCUACUGUAUGAGACUUUCUAGCAGAGAACAUUACAAUCAAAUCGGAUUGUUAUUAAGUAAACCCGUCAAAUUGACUGUUAUUUCUAUUUACAU